CGUGGAGUGAUUUGCCUGUCACGCUGACAUAUAUUUUUAGGUUAUGUCGUCUUGUUUACUUUUCGAAUCCUUUCAUUCUAUUCCUUGGAUUUGAAAAAACAAUGUGAAGCUAGAUUGUAUUGAACAACUUUAAUAAAUGCGUUUUCAAAUAAAGACAAGUACUUGAAAUAUCUUUGGCUUGUGUGUACCAGCUAUGGUUUUUCUUAGGAAUUUUGCAACACCUCUAAUUUUGGUUAGAUGGUGCUCCCAACGAUUACCACAACCUUUGAGAAGCCGAAAAGGAAAGUCUAUAAGGAAUACGACCCAAAAUUUUGCAGAUUUUCGUCGGCUAAAAGCGAUAGCAGGCACAGGAGGUGAUGGUUGCAUUUCCUUUCUGUCCAUUUAUGCCAAUGAGUUUGCUGGACCUGAUGGUGGGGAUGGUGGAAAUGGUGGGCAUGUUAUUUUCAAAGCCACUUAUGAUAUCAAAGACUUAAACCAUGUACCCACUCUAAUCAGAGCAGAAUGUGGCGAAAAAGGUGGAAACAAAGACUGUCAUGGAAAAAACGCAGAUCACCAUAUUGUUGAUGUUCCUGUAGGAACGAUAAUCAAGAACCAAGAAGGGAACAUUAUUGGUGAUUUAGAUAAAGAAGGUCUCAUGUUUGUAGCUGCCAGGGGAGGAGCUGGAGGUAAAGGCAACCAUUUUUUCUGCAAUGAUACUGAACAAGCACCAAAAAUAUGUGAAUAUGGGGCUACAGGAGAACAAUUAGAUUAUACAUUAGAGAUUCGUAGUAUGGCGCAUAUAGGAUUGAUUGGAUACCCGAAUGCUGGCAAAAGCACUCUGCUACAAGCUAUGUCCCGUGCAAGACCUAAGAUAGCACCUUACCCCUUUACCACUGUGAAACCACAUUUGGGCAUGGUGCUUUAUGAUGAUUAUGAACAAAUUGCAGUGGCAGAUUUACCGGGUCUGAUCCCUGACUCCCACAAAAAUCGUGGCCUUGGUAUUAGGUUCCUGAAGCACGCUGAACGAUGUGCAGCUCUAGUGAUUGUGGUGGACACUUCACUUCCAGAACCCGAAGAAGCCAUAUACGUUCUCCGCCACGAAAUGAAGCAGUUCAGCGAAGAAUUGGCUAACAGACCCCAAAUCAUAGCUGCUAACAAGAUGGACCUGCCGGGUGCUGACAAGAAUGUAAAGAGGUUACAAGACACUGCUGGCAAUGCUCAGGUUGUGCCCAUUAGUGCCAAGAUGGGCACCAAUAUAGUGGAGUUGUUGAGAAAAAUGAGGUUGAUCUACGAUGAAUGCAAUGAAGUCAAUAGGAAAUCAGAGGAACAGCUUGGAUGAUGAUCUUUGAUAAUGUCAUUUGAUUGUGACAGAUAAACUGUAUAUAGUUGUGUGUAUUUUCACAAAGUUUAUUAGUGUUCAAAGUCUGUAAACUAUUCAAAAUAUGUUACAAAUGAUAUCCGAAGAUGACAUUUAUAUGUUAAGCGUUCGCCAUAUGUGUUUUACUAUCUGUACUUUCAUUUUUCCCGAUUAAAACGAAUAUUUUUGGGAACUAGUUCUCUACGACUCC